CAUCUACUUCUCUGUCUCUGUUUCAAACUCCCCUUAUCCCCCUUUUUAUAAUCCAUCUCCUCAGUCUUUAUUCUUACUCUUAAUGUUCUUCCAGCGCUUUCCUCCGGGGACUCCGGGUUGAGCUCCGGCGACUCUUUUGCUCGAACCACAGGACGAUAAAGCCAUCUGCUACAGCUUCUCUGCGGAUGCAAUGUCGUGUCGUGUUCGGCCCGCCUGGCUCCAAUCCGCUCUCACAGAUAUCGAGAAGAGGGUGAAGGCACUCUCCCCAAUCCCCCACACGGAGGCGGAGGAGCCGGAUUCCUUCGCCACACGUGCCGAGAACUACUACCAGAAACGUCCGCAGCUGGUCUCUCUUCUCCACGACCUCCACAACCGGUACCUAUACCUCGCCGAUCGCUACACCCAAUCGAUCCUUCCCAACCACCGCCGCCGCCACUCCGCGUCGGAGCUAUCCGAUUUCGAAUCCGCCUGCUCUGACGCCGAGAGCUCCCUCUCCUUCGAUCAGCCUCCGCCCCCAAGUCCUCCCGUCGACGUUUUAGGAGCUUUAGUUGCAGAGCUAGUGGGCACAGAAAUAGACCGGCAAAUCCUCCUGAACGAGUUGGGUGCAUCAGAUCGGGCUAGAGUGGAAUCAGCUCGAAAAGCGGAGCUGCAAGGCAGCCUCCUCGAGGUCUUGGAGGCGGAGCGCAUGGUCCUGCUCGGCGAGAACGCCCGGCUUGGCUAUGAGCUCUCAGCGGCGACAGAGGAAGCACGUGGGCUGGCGUUGGAGGCCGCCUUCACGCGCCAGAAGGCAGCAGAACUGGCCCGGUGCGUGGUGAAGAUGCGCGCCGACCAACGUGUUUUCCUGCUGGGUAGGAAGAUUGAGGAGCUGCACAAGCAGGUAUAUGGGUUGGAGAGGAGGAAUAAGGAAUGCUAUGAGGCUAUGUCAAAGAGGGAGGUGGAGAAGGUGGAGGUGAGGAUGGAGGUGGAGAGGCUGAAGGAGGAGAAUCGCAGGUUGGGAGAGAUGGUGAAGAGGAGAAAGGGUAAGGAGUUUGUGACCAGGUGGUGGGGAAGGUUGAGGAGUUUAGAGUGGGUGAUAUCGCCUUGUGGGCCGGAGAUUACUGAUAAGGAAGAUUAGUUUGCUUUUGUUAUUUUGUUUAUCCUUUUGUAAAGUUAGGUUUCGAAUCUGUUGGUAUGGUUGUGCUGCUGAUAUUGUCCGUUAGAAAAGGAUUCUUGUUAUUCGUUAAACGUGGAGUUUUGCCUAGUCAUCAUGUUCUGUUUUUGCAAAUUAUUGAACUUUUGUGUACUCUGAUUUUCAUGAAUUGUUAUUGCAUCAUUUAGAUGUGGCUGUCA